CAGACAGACCAGUAUUCAAAGUCAAAGGUACCACCACUAUUCCUAAUAUGAACUUUAUUGAUGGAAAAUCAACCUCUGUUGUCUGUGAAAGUAAUGGUAAACCUAACCCGGACAGCUACAGUUGGAAUAAAGUAGGAAGUCCUACUACUAUAGCUGGGGACAAACUCACAUUUAACCCUGUCCAGAAACAACAUGAGGGUUUUCACAUAUGUACAGCACAAAAUAUGAUGAUACCAUCAAGCGGAGAUGCACAAAUAGGAAGUAAUAGUUCUGACGUUUAUAUAAAUGUAAUAUAUGCUCCAACGAUGCACACUUUGGACAAUAUAGAAAUUGUUGAUGGUUCAAGUUUAUAUUUUGCAUGCCCUGCAACAGAUGGAAAGCCCGCAUCUACAGCAUAUGAGUGGACAAGAGACGGUGACAUUAAAAAGUGGAAUAGAAAAAUACUGUACAUAGACAAUGUCACAAAAAAUGAUGACAUGAUAUAUACAUGUACUGCUCAGAAUGAAAUGACACCAACUGGAGGUUUACCGGAAAUAGGCAUAGCCAGUGGAUCAUUUCAUCUUAUUGUGAUGUAUAUGGCAUCAAUAACAUCAUUUAUUGUCGAGGGGAGUCAUAGUUCACAAUCGUCGGUAACCGUAGAUGAGAAAGCAGACGUACAAUUUCUUUGUACGGUAGACAGUAAUCCUGGCUCUAGUAUUGUAAUACAACUACCAGACAAAACAGUUCAGAGAAAAGAAAAUGCAACAGCUUUGUCUUACAAUCACGCAGGGGCAACAUGUCUUGAUACUGGUGUAUAUAUAUGUUCUGCUAGUAAUCCUCAUAAUAAAGGAAAAGCUUCUGAAAAGAAAUUAAAUCUUUUUGUCAGAUGCUAUCCGCGGCCAUUGGUGACAGUAAAAGAAAAUGUGACCAGUGCCCUUAGAGUUAAAUCUUUAUUUAGCUUUAAGGGACUUGCAUACCCAACACCAACAUUUACAUGGUUGAGAAAACAAGGAACAACAUGGAAAGAACUGUCAAACAAUACUCUUGUAUCCAUAUCAACAACAGGAGUAAAUACGAGUCUUACUAUUAAAAAUGUGUCACAGUCAGAUUAUGGAGAAUAUCAGCUGAAGAUUGAGAAUGAAAUUGAUAUGUUUAUACAAAAUUAUACUCUUAUUCCAGAAGGUAAUCCAGAGAACCCAGAAGAAUUUCAGCAUUUGUGCAAAGAAUUGACAGAAUCAUCUUUAACAGUUCAGUGGAGACCAGGCUUUGACAGUGGUUCAGGUCAGACAUUUGUACUAAGAUUCAAGAAAAAUUCAGAAAUGUUUUGGACAGAUAUUGAGAUUCCAGACAAUGGAGAGAAAAUAAUGAACUAUACAGUUACCUCACUUACCAGUGGAACACAUUAUGAUUUCGUUUUAUAUGCAAGAAACAAGUUUGGAAAUUCAAGCCAAACAAACGAGUUGGGAAUCAGAACAGAAAGACCAUUGGAUUGUGAAACAUAUCGUUGUUUAAAUGAAAGCUCAUCGGCAAUAAUCGUUGGAUGUGUCCUCGGAAUAGUCAUAAUCUUAUUAGCGGUUUAUGCUGGUUACAUCACUUUACAGUUGAAGCGAGCAAAGGGUGUCAAAGAACAAAAUGAAAUACACGUGAACUCAUUGGAAAGAAGAGGAGUUCCAGACUAUGCUAAUCUAUCAUAUUCAGCAACGGAAAGUCGUAAACACGAAUGUACAGAAAUGUCAAACUCCAAGUUUCCGAGUUCAAACGUUGAUGGCAACGAGUAUAUGGUCCUGGAUGACAAGUUAAGGGAAGACAAGGAGACAUAUGAUGUCAUUAAUGUACAAAAUAAGGAAUUUUUUGCACACAAUUGAGUAACAAGAAAUGAACUUGUUUGAAAAUAUUAUUAAAUAUUAUACAUGCAGUUUAGUGUUAAAAUCGCGUAAUCUUAUAAGAAUUUUUUGGUUGCCUUGUAUUAAGUUAUUUUAACGGAUCACUUAUUUCACAGAAUAAACAAUCUGAACAAUUGAUUGAAUGAUUUAAAAAUGAUACGAUAUAUGAACUUUCUGUAUUGUUGAUUUUUAUUAAAUAAUGUUCGAAACAAUUUUAUAAAGUACAAUUCAUGAUUACAUUUUCAUAGUUUUAAUAUAUAUAUACAUGUAUAUCCAACACUAGCAUAGAAAACCCAUUUAUAAUAAAAAAUGUUUUAUUCACAAAUAUAUAAGCUCUAAUAUUAUUGAUUGCCUUUUCAACGGAGUAAUUUGUUUACUUUACCUUUAGAAUUCUUAUAUUGGCUAUAUAAACAAUGAAAUACUAAAUUCCUGUAGUUUUAUUGCUUACAUUUGAAAGAAGUAAUAUAAUGAUCUCCAGAGACUUGAUACAUCUUAUUUGACUCGUUUAAAAAAAUCGAUGUUUAGCCUAUACAUAAUAAUCAUUUAUUUCUAACAGUUAUUUAAUGGAUAAAGCAUUCAAGUUUUUUUUUUGUUUUAAGUGCAUUUUGAUAGACAUCCUGCAUUGUUUAGAUUGUG